AUGUUAUGUAUGAUUCUUUUUUUUAAUGCAGCUCUCUCAUUUGUAGUUCAAUAUUACAAACAGAAUGUAUAUGUACCCAUUCAUACAACCACUCAAUUUGCAUUUAAAUGUACAACGAAUUUACCUAAAGCUAUCAGUAGUGACUGGGAAUGGAAGAAUGACCAUCUAAACAUGAGUGGUCCUUGGACCAUGUUUCUACCCAAAUCUAUAUCAGAUAUACCACUAAUAAUCUCCAAUAACGAGAUAAAUCCCACCAUGCUAUUCCUCGACCCCUCUGGUAGAGUUUCAUCAACUGAAUCUGGUUCUACAAAUUCUGGAUUUUUCCUAUUAGAUUCUAUGCCUAGUGAAUCUUUAUCGGAUGGGAGAAGAUUUGCUUGUGUUUUAGCCAGUGGCUUCAGGUAUCACAACCUAAGGCUUGUGCUGCUGGGUAGGGUAUUCAUGUCUAACAAACCAAUAAUAAGCGAGUUAAACAAUAUAAUACAACUAAAAUCGGCGAUUUUCAUAGGUCAUGCCUUCAUUGAACAUUAUGAAAAUAAGGACAGAGAUGAAAUAUUGCACCGUCUAAGACAUAGAAUUUCAAUGGUGGACAUUCACUACAAUGAAAUAGAUCCCAUAAAUUGGAAAUUCGUUUCAAUGGACGGAAUUGGCAAUCCACUCAGGAAUCUUUACGGAAAUGACAAUUGGCGUUGGUUGGGACCAACAAUCGGUUAUAGAAUGUUACAAGACACAAAAAACGACUAUUUCGACAAGCAAACACACAUGUACCAUAGUAAUACAGCUCAAAACACUUAUAACUAUUUCGAUCCAGAAAUAUCGGAAGCACCAAAGAUUGCAGAUGUUAAUAAAAUAUUGGGAAAUAUAUUCAAUAAAGCCUUUGCCACUAAGUGUACUAUUAAUAAACCAUUGAAUUGUGAUAAAAUUAUUGAAGAGUUGUGCAAACUGGCUGCCGAAGGUCCGGAUCAUUAUAAAAAAAAAUUUAAAUAA